GUUCUUUGAUAGAACGCAAGCGAGGUUCUCACGCAGGUGAAGGUGGCCAAUAAAUAUAUAACUAAUGGAAAAUGGAAUAUGUGUUCAUCUGCACCACCCUGCAACCAAUCAGCUGUUUUGGUAAUGUGUAUUCGCGAUCAAAAUAGAACAUAUAAAAUAUAAAAACAAAACAGAGGAAAACGUAUUGAAAUAAGUCAAUAUACUUGAAAAAUAUUAAUGAAUUCACAUUAAAUUUCUUUAAAAACCAAUUCUUUCACUUAUCGUGGUCAUCAGUUACAAACAAUUAAAAAAAUGUGUAGCCUACAGGCAGAGGAGAAUCAUUUGGCCUCCAUGGCAGUAGCUCCAUCAGCUCAGGAGACAUCGUCAAUAGUGACACUCUUCGAUAUAAGCUGGCAGGAUGUUUUGAUACCAAUGGUCACCGAAUUCCUCAGUCUCAAAGACUUAUUUAAUUUGCGUUGCUGUUCGCAAACUGCCAAACGCUUCGUGGAAGCUACAUUUGAGCGUCGCAAAGACAUCAAUCUGGCUGGCAAUAAUAGUCGCAACAUUGAAUUAGCAUUCACUGUCUUGGGAAAGUGCUGCCGCCGCGUUGAGAACCUGUAUUUGGCACGUUGCCAUUGGUUGACAGAUGAAUACCUGCUGCCGAUUUUAGCUGAAAAUACCCGACUGCGUAUAGUAAAUCUAAAUGAGUGUGUCAAUAUAACACCGUUAGCACUCCAACCGAUUAUUAUUGAAUGCAAGGAGCUGCGCAUUUUGAAGCUUUCCAAAUGUCAGUGGUUAACUACAGGCGCCGUUGAUGCGCUGACUUUGCACCACAGCAAUUUGGUUGAGUUUGACAUUUCACACUGCACAGCAAUUGGAGAGCGUUGUUUGAUUAUAUUCUUCCGAAAAUUAAAUAAAUUAAAUGUUUUGUCAUUAGCCAAUACACCAAGUGUUACUGAUCAGGUGUUAAUACAGAUUGCCAACUACUGCCGGGCACUGGAGCACAUCAAUUUGGUUGGCUGUGCUGCUAUUUCUGACUAUGGUAUACACGCUUUAACUAUAGCUUGCCAGCAUCUACAAUCGCUGAUGGUACAUCGAUGUCCGAACGUAACGGAGCGGGUGUUGGCGCCACUGCGUGGUCGCAUCUAUAUCGAUCGUCCGCAGCUGGGCUAUAAUGUGCCAGCUUUUCCGGGACAUAUAAAUUGUCUAUAUUUGCAAGUUUAACUCAAAAUGGCUAUUUCACUCUGUUUAGAACUACUAUAUUUUUGUGUGUGAUUCUCUUUAGAAAAUAACUUAUGCUAGCUGUAGUUUUAAACUCUAGUUUAUUUACAAUACCG